AUGGAGAACUGCUUUUGGAAAAGGCAAGGUCUGUAUGUCCUUCUCUCUUUCUCAUUCCUUAGAGUAAUGUGUGCUUCAAUUCAUUUGUCUGUCCCUGAAGAAAAGAAAAGGGGGUUUCUGGUGGCUAAUGUGCUCAAGGAACUGAAACUGGAAACAGGGGAGCUCUUCACACGCAAAGCACAUGUAGUUGCUGAGGGCACCCAGGAAUACUUCCACCUUGAUAUUCAUACUGGGAAUCUGUUGAUUAAUGAUAAAAUAGACAGAGAAGCUUUAUGUGGCCAGAGUGAUCCUUGUCUACUUCUUUCUCAGUUGGUUUUGGAAAACCCCUUAGAGAUCUUUAAUAUUGAAAUCAAGAUAGAAGAUGUGAAUGACAAUGCACCCAAAUUUUGGAAGAACGAAGUUAAGGUGGACAUUCCUGAAAAUAUUCCAAUAAGUAUGAUAUUUCCCUUAGAAUUAGCUCAGGAUGACGACAUAGGAGAUAAUAGCAUCCAAAAUUACAUUCUCAGUUCCAAUGAACAUUUUCAUCUUGAAGUACAAAAGAAUGAAGAGGGAAAAGACAAUAUAUACCUUGUUUUAAAGAAAUCACUAGAUAGGGAGAAGAUGCCACACCUUGGAUUGAUUCUAAUGGCUAUUGAUGGAGGAGUUCCAAAGAAAACCGGCACAGUUCAAAUUAAUAUUAAUGUUCUUGAUAAUAAUGAUAACUUUCCUUUCUUUAGUAAGUCUGAAUAUAAGGCAAGAAUAAAGGAGAAUCUCCCUAAGGGCACUUUUGUGAUGAAAGUGGAAGCUACGGAUAUUGAUAUGGGUUCAAAUGCACAGAUCCUCUACUCAUUCCAUCAAGUGCCUGAACGAAUAAACAAUUUGUUUUAUUUAAAUGAAAUUACUGGUGAAAUAACUGUUUGGGGACAGAUUGAUUAUGAAAAAGAGAAGAGUUAUAACAUGAACAUCAGAGCAACAGAUGGAGGGGGUCUUCCAGGUCAGUGCAAGAUACUGAUAGAGAUUGAAGAUGAGAAUGACAACCCCCCAGAAGUGUCCAUCAUAUCUCUGACCAGCACUUUAAAGGAGGAUUCUCCCUUGGACACAAUGGUGGCCCUCUUCAGUGUGAGAGACCAAGACUCUGGAGAUAACAGCAAAACAAUCUGCUCUGUGGAGAUGAAUCUUCCUUUUGUGCUCAAAGCCACCACAAACAACUUUUACCAGCUUGUGCUCCAAAGUCCGCUAGACAGAGAGACAGUCUCUGAGUACAACAUCACCAUCACA